AUGUCGCUGUGAAAAACUGAAACAACGCUCCACGCCGAGAACUCUAUCUUGUCUCACUUCCUCUUUUUUGUUUACGUCCGUCCUACAACAUGGAGGAUGAGGUGGAUAUAGACAUCGAGGGCGACGAGAUUGGAAGUGGUUUAAGUGUUUUUGACUCAGCAGGACUAGUUCAGGAGCAGUUCGUGCAGUCAGCCUGGACAAGCAGCGCAGGAAUACUGCCAUGGGAGCUGGACAGCUCAAUCAGCCCAGAGAACAGAGAGGCCAUACAGAGGAUGCUGCUGGAGGAGCAAUACUAUCUGACGGGCAAAGAUAUUCCAAGGCACCUCUGGGACAGUGAUGCUAGCAGCAAGCCAAAAGUGAAAAUUUCUCCAACCAAACCUUCAGCCUCAGGAUCCUCAUCUCAUUGGACCAAACAGGAGAAAGAUCGGUUUGAAGAAGGACUGGCUCGCUUUGGUCGAAGGUGGACAAAGAUUGCAAGACUGGUGGAGAGUCGUUCUGUUCUUCAGGUCAAAAGUUACGCCAGACAGUAUUUCAAACAUAAGAACACAUUAGGAGCAGGAUCUACAGCUUCAUCUGCUGGACCUGCAUUGCAACCACCAGAGUCAGCAUCCAGUCAUCUAUCAACUUCUGCCAAUAACACAGUCAAGAUAGAGAAGCUUUCUGAUGGUGAAGAUGAAGAUGUGGAUAUCACGGAUGACCAAAGUGACGAUGAAGAAGACGUCCACAAUCAUUUGGAGACUGAGGUCAAAAUACAGCUGGAGCAACAAAAACAAACUGGGCUUCAAACAAACCAUCGCACAGAAGACCAUGAUGAGACAGGUCAUCCUGAGCAAGAGAUAAGAGACGAACACAGCAGCAGCAUCUCACCGACACAAAGUCCUCAACCUGAAUUAUCUUUACCUGCAACAGAGGAACGUAUUAAGACUGAGCAAAAAGAGACGGGAAUGUUGCUCUUAGGAAAUACUCUAAAAGGAAAUUUGACACGUGACAAGUCCAUUCCGCAGAGCUCCAACUCUGAGAACCUAGCAGCGACUGGCCAGCUGGAACAGUCUGGCAGCAAUAAACCAGUUGAGCAGAUUCAGAGCUCAGGAGAAGAUCUGCAGGACAUGAGGAAGAAUGAAGAUGAGGAAGAAGAAGAUGGAGACAAGGAGGAAGAAGAAGAUGAUGAUGAUGAGGAGGAGGAUUUAACAAUACCUGAACAGGAAAUAGAGUUGGACAAGGGGACCAUCACUGAAGAAGAGAAACAAGCUAUCCCAGAGUUUUUUGAGGGACGGCCUUCCAAAACCCCAGAGAGAUAUUUGAAGAUCAGGAACUACAUCUUGGAUCAAUGGAUGAAGAUCAAGCCCAAGUAUCUGAACAAGACGUGUGUUCGCCCAGGCCUGAAGAACUGUGGAGAUGUCAACUGUAUUGGUAGAAUUCACACCUACCUGGAGCUUAUAGGAGCCAUCAACUUUGGCUGUGAGCAGGCAGUUUACAAUCGGCCAAAGGUGUUGGACCGGUCCAAACAUAAGGAAGGCAAAGAUGUUCUCGAAGCUUAUCAGCUCGCCCAGAGACUCCAGAGCAUGCGGACCAGGAAACGCCGUGUAAGAGACAUGUGGGGGAAUUGGUGUGAUGCCAAGGACUUGGAGGGACAGACGUUUGAGCAUCUCAGUGCAGAGGAACUUGCUCUGAGGAGAGAGGAAAUGAAAAGGCAACCUAGACCUCUGAAGAUGGCCAGAUACAGAGAGUCAUCCGAUCCCUUCCAGCUGAUUCCCUGUAGGACCUUUGGAGAGGAUGUCCAGGAGCCAUUCCAGGUCAUUGUUUGUGCAGAGACUCUUCUAAUCAUGGACAUGCAUGCCCAUGUCUCACGGGGGGAAGUCAUUGGUCUCCUGGGCGGGACCUUCAAUGAGGAGGCUAAAGUAUUAAAGGUUUCUGUAGCAGAGCCUUGUAACAGUGUAAGUACCGGUUUACAAUGUGAGAUGGACCCAGUGUCUCAAACACAAGCCAGUGAUGUGCUGUCAUCCCUGGGCCUCAGUGUAGUGGGCUGGUACCACUCGCACCCAUCCUUUCACCCGAACCCAUCAGUGCGGGACAUAAACACACAGGAUCAGUUUCAGAGUUAUUUCUCACGAGGUGGAGCGCCCUUUAUUGGGAUGAUAGUGAGUCCAUAUGACCCUGCAAAUCCAUCCCCCCACUCCCAAACCACAUGUUUGUUGGUGAAGGAGAUCCAGGAGCCAUCAGGCCCCCGCAAACUGCCCUUUAGAUUUGACCUGUUGUCAUCACAAGAUAUUCCAGACUGGGAACAAACAUUUAGGAGAGCAGAGUGGAUCAUCCACAAGUACUGUCAGGCACCUGGGAAUGUGCAGAUGGACAGACUUUUCCGCAAAGACUCUUCCUUAACCUGUUUGGAGAAGAUGCUGUCUUCUCUUGCCAGAUACCUGGAACCCCUGCCAGACGAUGAAGGAGAGCCCUUCCUAAACCAGAUUCAAGCCCUGUUCCAGUCAGAUUUUAUUGCCAAACAGCCACAUGAAGAGUCUUUGAACACCUCACCCAGACCAGUGGACACAGAAGACUUCGCUUUUGAUCAGCUUAUCAGCCACAACAGGCCCCAGGAUGCAAGAGAAGCCUGUGAUCAGGGUUCUGGCAAAGCUUUCAGCGACAGAGUACAGACCACAAUGGACACAACCUCAGAGACAAACAACAUGCCAGUCUUACACAUGGGCUCAGUGUUAUCGUCUGAGCACGACUACUUACUGUGAUUAUGGCUAUCUAUAGUGCUAUACUGUUGUAC